AUGCAACCCGUCACUGGCACGGGAAAUUUCUACGGAAACGAUCCACCCAAUUCUCGCCAUGGAGCAUACCAGCCCACUGUAUACCAACCUUCUCAGCCAUACCCGUCCUCGGGUUCCUACCCCGCUUCCGCCGCGACUGAAGACCAAGCCCACCUCUCAAGAGCGGACGCCAACCCCAAGUACAGCAAGAUUCGACGAUUUUUCAAGGGACGCCGCGAAGAGCCUACUGGCGCCUACGAUCCUUCUUCGACAGCUCCCAUCUCGGCCGCCGAACUUUCCAACGUCCUCACCGACACAGAAAGUCUAGGAAGAUAUCCAGCCAUGGGCUAUCCACCUAGCUCCAGCGUUGCGACUGGCGGCCACACGAUCCCGAUCCACGCUCACUCUCACCGCCCUCCACCAUCUUCCGACUCUGCAGGCUAUCGGCGAUUACCUGAUCGUCAUGAUGGUCACGACGAUGGACGACCUGACGGAAGGCAAAUAGCACACGGUGUGAUGAAGAACCCUUCUCGUGACCCUCCGGACAGAGAUCCAAGCUCAAGUUCGAGCUCGGAUUCGGGUAGGGCCAGGACGCCCGUUGAUCCAGCCUAUGGUUCGCUAGCUCCCCCCACGAAGCACUCGUCGGACGAAUACCGGCAACAGUACGAAGCCAUUGCUGGCGAAGUACAUCCACCACCCUAUGAAGAAUUCGCUAUUACACCAUCACACUCCUCAUCCAAAUCACAUUCGUCUUCAGCCCGCCGAACCACGUAUUCUAAUCCAACCCAGUAUUCACCCUCCACGCGCAACGACCCGAGGCAUGCGCGGAGUUCGAGGCGCGUGCUGACUCGACGAUCGUCUUCGCAGCCACCCUCACUCGCCCAGACGCAAUAUGGCUAUCCACAAUCUCAUCAAUCGUCCGUUCCCUCUCAGACUCAGCACUACCAAUUCCCUGGUUAUCAGCAGCAAUAUCCUCAGCCCACCGCCUACCCGCUCCAGACCUCCCACUCGACGCACAGCGACAACCGACCUCCCUCUCGCUCACUCCUACGAAGUCUGGGAUUCGGGAUGAGAAGACGGUCCUCGUCUCAUCCGCCAUCUUUGCACAACCCCCAGCUGACCUUGGUGCCGAAUUACCAUGUCCAACCUCCGCCAUCUUCAACUCGCAGCAGGCGCUCAUCACAUUCGAGCUAUCACGGAUACCAACAAUCUGUCGCUCACUAUCCACCGACCCCUGUGCCUUCGACUCACAGUCAUCAUCCAUCCCACUCGCCGUACCACCCGCCGUCGAUUAUCAGCAUCCACAGCCAGACGCCUUCCGCGGUUCCAAACUAUCGGAGCAGAGCGAGCUCACUGUCGACAUCGACCGCACAUAGCCCCCAUGGAACGGAGUUCAGGGAUGCGUGGAGGGCGGGAGUGUAUGGCGGCCCGCAAGGCCCACCGUCCAUUGUCGCCAGCGAUAGGAGUCGAAGAAGUCGAGCGAGCGACAGGAGUAGGGCCAGUGACAGAGAUAGAGACCGGCGUCGGGACAGGGAGCGGGAUCAAGAUAGAGAGAGUAGGCGGAGUCGUAGUGAACAUCGCUCUUCGAGGAGCGGGAGUGACUAUGAAAGGGGCAGAAGUCGACCCCGAUCUUCCUCCACGUCCAAAGCAUCGAUAACCUCACUUGCGCCAUCGAGGAAAUUGAGUAACGCAUCCACCAUCGUCGGUUCCACGACUUCAAAUGGCUUUAGAGCUCGACACCGCGAGGACGUCGAUCCGCCAAUCUUGACUUCAGGUCCUAUGCCGCAAGCUAUCCCGAAGUCAGACCCUCGUCCAUCGGAUCCGAUUCCGAUAACGUACUCGAGAAGCGACUCGCACCACCUCCACAGCCAACACGUCCCUCCUUUCAACCCGUUCGCCUCCACCCCCUCGAGCACGAGCAAACUAAAGAAGGAGCGGCCGCGUUCGUGGAACCCUCCCUCCGCCAUGGCUUCAGGUCACGCCAAAUCUUCUUCAACGACUGAGAAGCACCCCCGAUUCAAGCUGCCUAGAGAUGACAGCUACAUCGGGAUCCCCGGGGAGACCUACAAAGGGUACCGGGUCUCGAAUGAGGGGAGGUAUGGGAUUGUUGCACCUGGAGAACCAGUGCAUCCUCGACACCGGAUUUCCGAGGAUGGAUCGAUCUAUUCGAGGCCACCGCCUACGCCUCCCCCGCAUCCUAGGCCGUUCGAGCUGAAGCCGUGGAGGUAUGGACUCCCGUAUGCUGCUACUGCGGGUGGUCAGAUGGGAGCCGUAUAUCCGCCCAUCUGA